AUGCUGAAAUCCAUCCUGCCCAAAGAACACAGACGAUCAAAGUCAAAGGACCUCGGUCGAGUCGCCUCCAACACGACUACCACGACUACAACCCAGAUGGUACCUCUGCUGCCUCCCGACCACCCUCACUCGGCUGCCCAAUCCACCGAAGACGGUCGCUCUAGCAGACAGGCCAAGAAGGAGAAUGCUCCGCCGCACAAGCGUUCUAAAAGCACCGUAUCACUGCGCUCCCUAGGCAGAGACAAGGAAAAGGACAAGGAAAAGAAAAGCCGAAAGGAAAGAGAAAAGGAGAAGCAGAGCCAGAAGAACACAAACGACCAGGACAACCGCGAUGGCCGCACACGCAUGAAGAAGACCAAAUCAUCUACCAGUCUCCGAGGCUUACUUGGAAAGAUGAAUCGCUCGUCCAAAGACCUCAGCGACACGCUACACGACAAGGAAAACCAGAGCCCACCACUCUCGGCUCAGGAACCCUCGGUCAACUCCGCUUGGCCUCAGAGCCCGCCCGUCAUCCAACAGAUCGAUGCAGAGAUUGAUCGCUACACUCCCAAGGACUAUACCCCUUCCAAACAACGCGACUUUUCCGCCUAUGGUCAUCCCGCCCUUCCGAGACCUUCCUCUUCUGGACGUCCAAAGAGUUUAGUCAUUCCUGGCUCAUCUUCCUUUCUCGAUAUGCUCAACCGGCCCAUCAGUCGUGACAAAGAACGCGCGCAACUGAACUCACGCGGAAGCAACCACUCACGGGGCAGUGGCGAAGGCUUCGAAGACGGCAAACUUUCUUUUGAUCGCAAAGUGAGCUCCAGCAGUAACGAACGUCCGGCACCAAAGCCACUGCCAAACAUGCCUAAGCGUGGUCCAAGGGUCAUGGCUGCUGUUGCCGCUUUUGAUGAAAAGGCCAGAGAGAAUAUGGUGAUAAAAGACGAGCAAAAGUUGGAUCCUAAAACUGUUGAUGCUGCCUUCGAGGCCGUCUUGGAUUCACGCAACAUUCCAGAGAACAUGAGACAGAAGAUGCGUACGCUGACACUGCGUGUCAAGGCCGACUUUGUCAAACAGGACAAGGGCGCGCUUAGCCCUACAAAACCAGAAUCUCGACUUCCUUUCUUCCACGACGAGCCUGUUCAGCAACAGGCUGUCGAAUCUGGUGACGAAGAAGUCAAGGAAGACCCUUCGAAACGGUCAAGGUCAAGAAGUAAGACUUUUACACUGACCAGAAGCGAUGGGACUGCAAAGAAACAGAAGCAAGACAGCCGCCCCAACUCAAUCCAUAUUCCAAGGUCAUCAGGAACCUUGCCCAAGAACUCUGUUCCCCCAUCACCUGGUCGAGGCCCACAAGCUGCUUGUCCUGAUGAGUUUGUGGCCUACUUGGAGAACGUUCGCGAUCCCGUUCAAAUGGAAGUAGGUCGUCUACACAAGUUGCGUCUCUUGCUUCGAAAUGAGACUGUCGCUUGGGUUGACAACUUCAUAUCACUUGGUGGAAUGGCUCAAGUCGUGGAUCUGCUCCACCGCAUCAUGCAGAUUGAAUGGCGCGAGGAGCAUGAGGACCAACUGCUACAUGAAGCAUUGCUCUGCUUGAAGGGGCUUUGCACCACUGAAGUCGCUCUCAAAAAUCUUUCUAACUUGGCCGAUGCCCUCUUUCCUAAACUCCUGGCGAUGCUUUUUGACGAAGAGAAAAAGGGGCCAAGUGAAUUUACCACCAGAGGCAUCAUCAUCAACAUUCUUUUCGCAUACUUGGGCGCGGCGCGUGAUGACAGACCACAUGAUCUUGCCCAAAGAGCUCGUGUGAUCUUGGGCUAUCUCGCAGACCCAAAGAAACCAGAGGAAGCACAGCCAGUAUCUUUUGUGCUCAGCAUGCGACAAUCUCGACCGUACAAGGUGUGGUGCACGGAAGUCAGCAACGUGACGAAGGAAGUAUUCUGGAUCUUCCUACAUCAUCUCAAUGUUAUACCGCUUCCGAAGAAAGAGACUCCAAAUGGAGACGGCUCGGCACCGACACAAGCAGAUGGAAGCACGAUUCCUGGUCAAAGUUAUGCUCAGCGAUUCUUUCCUGGAGAUCGACCACCUGUUCCAGCUGCACCCUACAUUGGUGGUGUCGAAUGGGAUGCAACCACAUACAUGACAUCGCAUCUUGAUCUUGUAAACGGCCUCAUUGCUUCACUUCUAACCCGAGAAGACCGCAACCAGCUGCGCUCCGAGCUCAAAGCCAGCGGCUGGGAAAAGAUGAUGGGCGGUACCAUGCGCACAUGUAAGGAGAAGUUCUACUGCGGUGUACAUUCUGGCUUGCAAAACUGGAUAGCCGCCGCUCAAGCCGAUGGAUGGGACAUUGAAUACGUGCGAUAUGGCCCAAGCAAGGAAGAAAUGGCCGCGUCGAGUCCGAAGAAGAGUCCAAAGAAGACAGAGCCACCGCCACAAAUUGGUCUUCCCGUCAUACAGAUGCCCAAGCUAACGCUAGGAUUGGAUCGAUCUAAUUCGACGCCCGCCUUUAACGCCAGUAACGAUAACGAUGGAUGGUUGCUUUGA